UGGCGUCCGUGGUGCUGGCGGUGAGGGCGCGGACGGCAGGUAACGGGACGCCGUGGUCGAUGCGGGACGCGGCGCUGAGGCGAAGUGGAGACCCAGCAGGAAGGCUGGGAGUGACAACACUGUUGAACCCCUCUCAGACUGCAGCCCUUGCUGUCAGAUAUGCAUCCAAGAAGACAGGUGGCAGCUCCAAAAACCUCGGUGGAAAGUCAUCAGGCAGACGCUAUGGCAUCAAGAAAAUGGAAGGUCACUACGUUCAUGCUGGCAACAUCCUUGGGACUCAGCGCCGUUUCCGCUGGCACCCAGGAGCCCAUGUGGGGCUGGGGAAGAGGAAGUGCCUCUAUGCCCUGGAGGAGGGGGUGGUCCACUACACUAAGGAGGUCUACGUGCCCCAUCCCAGCAACUCUGAAGCUGUGGAUCUGGUCACCAAGCUGCCCAAAGGUGCUGUGCUCUACAAGACUUUUGUCCACGUGGUUCCUGCCAAGCCUGAGGGCACCUUCAAACUGGUAGCCAUGCUUUGAGCUCCUGAUUGAGGCCACUGAACAGACUGGAGCCCAGAUACCAGGAGAGGGUGAUACUCGAAGAGGUCAAGGGUUGGGGGGUGACAGCAGGCCUCCCGAGGAAGAGGUCUGCUUGAUGGUGACUUUUCAGGAAGCUCUGUGAAGUGAUGGGCUGGGAAGCCCUUGGAGACACCUGACCUGGGGCCAGUAAUAAAUUUGGGUAGAGUCAUUA